UAAUUAAAAGCCAAAUUCAGAGGCAAAAUGGAAGCAUUGUUGAACGCAACGAUCUGGGUAUCUGCUAUUGCCCUAAUACCUCUAUUCUUUACUGUUUUCUGGGAUAACAACUUUGGACUCUUUUAUAUCACAUUCUUUGGAGCUCUGAUCAUGCUAACAGUAUGGCCAAUAAUCCAAGAAGCUAUAUUUAUGGGUUUCACUAUGGGAAGGAAAAAGGUUACCUGGCCAACGCCUAAUUCUCAAGGUGAGAGAUUAAAAGAUGAAGAGCUCUUGCAAAUUAUUGAAGACCUUCUUGGUUAAAAUCUUGGAACCAAACAUCCAAUACCCAGGCUACAACAUCACUGCAUUUGGGUUAGAGAAACUACACCCAUUUGAUUCUCGAAAAUAUGGCAGAAUUUAUAAUUUCCUGACAGAAUGGAAAGUCCUCAGUAAAGAGGACAAACUCUUGGCACCUUCUAUAUGCUCAAGAACUUUCUUAUACGAAACUUGAACAUUUUGGCAUCUCGCGCUGUUGAAUUAUAGCCUUUAUAUUGGAAAAUGUGUUGAGCUACCAAUAUGCUUUCUACCUGCUUGGCUAGUAAGAUGGAGGACACUGAAUCCAAUGCUGAGAGCUACCUAUGGUACAGUCUGUGCAUCCUUCAUGGCUCUUCAAAGAGGAGUGGCCAUCAGUUUAAGUGGAGGAUACCACCAUGCCUGUGGAAACCAAGGAGGUGGCUUCUGUAUUUACCCAGAUAUCACAAUAGCAAUUAACCUUCUGAGGAAAUUCUGUGGAAUCAAGAAGGUCAUGAUCAUCGAUUUAGAUGCUCAUCAAGGAAACGGUCAUGAGAGGGACUUCUUAAAUGAUGCUGAUAUCUACAUCAUUGAUUGUUUCAGACCAAAUAUCUAUCCAGGAGAUAUGAAUGCAAGGAAAGCUAUCGACAAAGAACUUCAUGUUUACCCUCAAGAUGAUGAUAGUUCAUACCUGGGUAAAAUUAGUUGAAUUCCUAGCUGAAUACAGCAGUUCAAACCUGACUUCAUUAUGUAUAAUGCAGGUACUGACAUUAUGGCAGGUGACCCUCUCAGUGGGCUAAAUAUCAGUGAAGAUGGGGUUAUCCAAAGGGACGAAUUAGUUAUCAGGAGUGCUUCUGACAAUAAUGUCCCUCUCUGCAUGGUGUUAUCAGGAGGAUACCAGAAAUGAAAUGCAGUGUGUAUAGCAAAAUCUAUUCAAAACGUGUUCGAAUUACUUAAUUAAUCUUAAGUCCAAUGUAAAAAGA